GGGGUCCGCCUGGGAGCUGCGCUCCGCAGGCGAGCUCCGGACGCGCGGGCGCCUUCCCCGCCGAGGCCCGGCAGGGGGCGUGGGCCGCGGGCCCGCGUGGGAGGGGGCGCCGGUCCGGUCCUCCGCGGACUGCUGGUGGCGGCCGGCGUGGGAGCGGAGCCUCCGGGGCUGCCCCGCGCUGCGCUCCUCCGGCGGCCGGCCUGUGCCUGCAGUCCGGGCUGGAAAGGAACUGGCGAGGCGGCUCCAACUUCAUGCCCACGCGAUGCCGUCUUACCCUGCGGCUCUGCAGGGGUCGGGGUGGAGGGCCGACCCGGUCAUAGCCUCUUGGCACUCCACGCCGGCUCCUGUUAGUCCGCAGGAAUCAGCGCGCGGGCCGCCGACUGCUUUCCAGAGGCUGAUGGAAGUUGCUCCGGAUAAAAGAAUCAGAGUAUCUCAGCCCUUGACAAGAGGACCAAGUGCCUUUAUUCCAGAGAAGGAAGUCAUCCAAGCAGACACAGCGGAUGAGCGCACCAACUUCCUGGUGGAGGAGUACUCGACGUCCGGCCGCCUGGACAACGUCACGCAGGUCAUGGCUCUGCACGCCCAGUACCUGGAGUCCUUCCUGCGGAGCCAGUUCUACAUGCUGCGCAUGGACGGCCCCCUUCCCCUGCCGCACAGGCACUACAUCGCAAUAAUGGCUGCAGCUAGACACCAGUGUUCUUACUUAAUAAACAUGCAUGUGGAUGAAUUUUUAAAGACAGGAGGUAUUGCUGAGUGGUUGAAUGGAUUGGAAUAUGUACCACAAAGGCUGAAAAAUCUUAAUGAAAUAAAUAAGCUGCUAGCACACCGACCCUGGCUGAUCACAAAAGAGCACAUUCAGAAACUUGUCAAAACUGGAGAAAAUAAUUGGUCUCUGCCAGAACUGGUACACGCUGUGGUCCUACUGGCACAUUAUCAUGCGCUGGCGAGCUUUGUUUUUGGUAGUGGCAUCAAUCCGGAGAGAGACCCAGAAAUAUCCAAUGGAUUCAGGCUAAUAUCAGUCAACAAUUUCUGUGUGUGUGAUCUCGCUAAUGACAACAACAUAGAGAACGCAUCCCUCACAGGCACCAACUUUGGGAUUGUAGAUUCUCUGAGUGAGCUAGAGGCCUUAAUGGAGAGAAUGAAAAGGCUUCAGGAAGAAAGGGAAGAAGAAGAGACAUCUCAGGAAGAAAUGACCACUCGUUUUGAGAAGGAGAAGAAAGAAAGUCUUUUCGUGGUUUCUGGAGAUACUUUUCAUUCAUUUCCUCAUUCAGACCCUGGUUUUGGGUAUGAAGACUUUGCCAGACGAGGAGAAGAACAUUUGCCAACAUUCCGAGCUCAGGACUACACCUGGGAAAAUCACGGGUUCUCCCUGGUGAACAGGCUUUAUUCUGACAUUGGACAUCUUCUUGAUGAAAAGUUUCGCAUGGUCUACAAUCUCACCUAUAACACUAUGGCCACCCAUGAGGACGUGGACACAACCAUGCUACGCAGAGCUUUAUUUAACUAUGUUCACUGUAUGUUUGGAAUCAGGUAUGAUGACUAUGAUUAUGGAGAAGUUAAUCAAUUACUUGAACGAAGCCUGAAGGUUUACAUUAAGACAGUGACCUGCUAUCCUGAGAGAACUACCAAGCGCAUGUAUGAUAGUUACUGGCGUCAGUUCAAACACUCAGAAAAGGUUCACGUAAAUUUACUUUUAAUGGAAGCACGGAUGCAAGCUGAACUUCUUUAUGCUCUUCGUGCCAUAACUCGGCAUUUGACCUGAAGCAUCACCCAGGGAAAAUGUCAUAUGUGUGUAAAGACCUUUUCACAUAAGAUAAUACAUCAGAAGCUGUUUGUGAUGUAGCAUCAAAAAUUAUUCAAUUCUCUAGUGUCAAAGUUUAGCCGUUUUUUUGGCGGCUGUAAUGUGCAAUGAUGUGUUUUAUUUUUCAUGAUGCUUAACAUUACUAACAAUUGAAAAAAUAAUUCCGAGGAGCACUACUUUGCAUUGUUUAUGGUUGGAUUUUUGGAUACUGGUCAUAAAUCAUGAACCUGGUUUGUUAAUGCUUAACCUGAGCAUUUUUGGGUUUGUGUGUAUGUCUAUUUUUUUUUUCUUUCCUUUUUUUUUCCAAAUAAGGAAAAGUGCUUACAAUUACUCAACUAAUUAUCUUUCAGAUAUUGGAAUUCAGCAAAGAAUGAUCUCUUCUGGCCAUUCUAAAACUUUACUGUUCUGUCCUAAAUCUGGUGGAGGAAAAGCAUGCGCUGUUGAACUGAGCUGCUCACAGGACACAUAUCUGUGUCCCCAGGAGAUUAUUUGUCAGGCACUGUUCAGUUUUUUGUUCGUUUUUUUUUUUUUUACUGCUAUUGGCGAUAACGUGAAAUGUGAUACAGCCAUUGUCCAUAAUUUAAUGUGAAAUUAGUCAUGAUGAAUUCUAUAGCAUGCUACUGAAAUGCCAAAUUCAGCUAUUUACUUUCUCUUCUGAAACAGAAGUUUCAGUUUUCCAUAUCAGAUGUAUAUAUUAAAAGUGGAAUUAUGCACAACCCUCUCAUUGACAGUAAUCCUUAGGCAUCUGGAUCAGUGCUCACACAGUGCUGCUUACACUUCACUUAGUUGGCACAUAUAAACCUGUACCGACACAAGACUGACCAAAAAUUUUCUUUGCACAUUUUUCUUUCCUCAUAGUGUUUUCUCUAUUGCAGUGUGUAAGCAGAGGAAGAUUGACAUACCUAUGUUUUUUCCUGUUAGGCCUGUAGAACUUAUUUUCCAUGAUUUUUCUUGUAAUAGGUUAACGGUUUAUUAUUCAAAGGUGAAAGUUGUGUUUCUAUGCAUUAAUGUGAUUGAACAAUGACAACAACAAGAAGUGCAAUAUGUUUUUAAAAAAUGCUCAUCUAAACUUUCCCCCUAUUAUGUCACUGCAGAAGUGUCCUUUUAAACAGAGCCAUAAAGAAAUUGUGAAAAAAUUCAGAUUUCUUUAUUGCACAAGGCUUUUUGCCUUACUGGGGUUGAACAAUGUUCCUUUCAGAAUGCCAAAGCAUCCCCUUCCCCAGAAAAAUCUCUUUGGACAACUGGUUAAAAAAAAGAUACCAAGUCUUAGGGGAGGAACAAGCAUCCAUUCAAAAAGUCACAUUUUUGCAUUGGCUUAUGUUGCUUAAUUAGACUAUCUUCACAGAGCACAAUAUUGUGUGUUUAUAGCUUUAAUUUGUAUUACAUUAAUGACCCAGUGAAGUGCCUAAAGAGAUGCUUACAACUAUCCAAUAGGACACGGCUGCAACUACUUAAACACUUUUUGGUUAAUUAAGGGUGACUUGAAUUUCAUGCAAACAUGCUAAGUUUUUUUAAUAGAUCCAUUUUUUUCAUAGUCAGUAAUAUAGUUAAAAUCUUCUGUUAAGAGUUCCCGCAAAGAUUUCAUUUUAGACUUACUUACUUGUUAUAUAGGACUUAACUUUUUUUUCUCAUGAAAGAAUCAUGGACUAGUGUUGUGUUAAUAUUACCCUUCCAUUUAUCAUCCUUUUCUGGUACAACACAUGAGGUUGCUUUCUUUUAGAUUUUUUCCCAGAUGAAAAAAAGGGAGAGAUGACUGUGAGCCUACUGACGUAAGGGAGCUCUGCAUUGUUGGACUCUAAGAUCUUGUUUGAAAUCAUCUGUGUGAGGAAAAAAUGACUAAUAUUUUUUAAAGACAGGGUGGUUUUAGUUAGAGAGAUUAUUCAAAGAACUCAUGCCAGAUCUCUUCUGUUUUGUUUACUUGCAUAUGCCAUAUGUUGAUUUUAUUCACUAUCACAUUACAUAGAUAAGUAAUAACUACACGGAAAGAAUUUAGGAGAACAGGAAAUACAGAUGGCAACAUAAAUGUCCAUUUGGCUUACCUAACUUUAGUACUUUAAGUUAAGGAUGUCUUGUAAUCUUGACAUUUGGGUUUUUUGCUAUAAUCCUUUCAGUUAGUAGCCCUCUAUUGUUUUUUGUGCAGGUGACCUGUAUUACAGGAUGAUAAAUGAUCUUUAUAUGUUGAAAAGGAGGAGAAAUUCUCACAGAACACCAUAUGAGCUUCAGACCAAAAAGGGAAACAAGGUUUAAGAACUAAAAUGGCCACUUAGUUUUUCUUUUUAACUUUUUUCCCCCAGAAAUGUAAGUAGCUGGAGAUUGGGUUAUGGAAAUAUUAGUGCCUUUAACUAGAUCUCUUUCCUAGAAAAGUUUCUUUUUAGCUCAGCAUUGGUCUGUCUCAAUAAUCAGGAAAAUUAGUUGACUUGGAAGUAUAAACAGAAACAAAACAGUAUAUUUAUGAACCUCAGUGAACCAGCCUAGAAAACUUGACUUCUGAAAGUGCUUAAGCACCUGCUAAGAUACAGCAUGCACAGCGUUCCAGGCCAUGAACACCAUUUGACAUUGAGUUUGCUGGGAACUACAUCUAAUGCAAGCUUGAAAUUCUGAUGCGGUUUUCCAGGGUGGUAUUUUUUCAGAGUAUUGAAUUUACUAUGUAGUAAUUUAUAGUGUAGCUUUUUAUAUUAAAAUGGAAUAUUUUUAAAAGAGAUAACUGGUUCAAUUGGUGUAAUGAUAUGAUUAUAAGAUAUGCUAACCUACACCUUGGGCUCACAUUGUGCCAAACUUAAAUGUGCAAGUGUAUGUGAAAAAAGCACAUGUGAAUGUGAAUUCUCUUAACUUCAGUGCUUAUUAUGUUGAAAUUAGUCUAAUAAUCCACCGAUGUCUACGCUUGAUUGAUGUCUAUUUACUUUUGAACUUCAAGUUUUUCAGCUUGUAAUUCUUGAUUUCUCAGACCAACCCUAAGAAAUAUCUAAAUGCUUUCCCAUCUGAAAGUUUCCCAUCUGUUAUUUAACCUGAUCCCUUGACUGUGGAUAUGACCAGGCAGCUGCCACACUGGAUCCUUCCGAUUAGGCCUCCUAAGAUGGACUUGUGAUAAUUAGAGGAAAAGAGGCUUUUGAGAUGAGACUACCCUUCUUUACCUUUUUGAACUAAAUUAAUUGUCUCAGUCUUGGGAAGAAUCUUUGGUCCCAUUUGGGGUGCUUUUUAAAUAAAAAUGGCUAAUGUGGAAUCUGGGGCAUGGCUGUGGCCUUUAAUUAUGGCUUUAAGUCCAAAUAAGGGCAGAGCAACACAGGGCUAUUUUAGAAUAGAAAACAAUGUAAGAUUUAUGUCAAAAUGAUAUUUGAACCAGAGUCCCUAUUUUAAUUGUGUUGUAAAGUCUCCUAAAGAUCUUACAAGCUUUAAAAAACUAAUUACCACUAUUCCAGAGCAACUUUUUCCUUUUCCCCCCUUAUACAUUUUUUUAAAUCCAUAAUCGUAGUUUUGUAUGCCCGAGCAAAGUAAAAUGACCAGCCAGCAAACAAUUGAAGAUCUGUACUUACAAAAUAGUUCACCACAUCAGUGAAGAAUGCAUGGAUAUAUUAUGGUAGGAUUCAUUUAACAUCUACAGAGAGUUCAUCAGGAAAAGAAAUAAAUUUCAGUGCAUGUUAUAAAAAUAAUUUGCACUGUGAUAGUAAAUCGAGGUUUUUGUUCUGUUUUUCAUUGUAAACAAUUGUAAGUCAUUCCUCUGGAAAGCAGGACCUUAAAUUCUUUUUAUCUAACAGGACCUUUUCUUCCUUUAUGCACAUAGACAGUCUUGCAUGGAGUAAAAAGUAUGUAACAAUAAUUUAACAUAAAUAGUAUGUGAAAUUUUCUUAGUAUAAUCCAACAGCAAAUUGAAAGACAUGUGUCUCCUCUGUUCAGAUCCAGUUUCAAGUUACCUAAUUUGUAAAAUCAGAACCUAUUGUAAGUGGCCGUUAUCAGAAACUAUGUUUCCCUAUUAUAAUCACACUAGAGACUGAGAAUCAAAUUAAGUAGUCUUUCCUCAAAGCAGUACUAUAACAUGAAUGUAUCCAUCUCAGUCAUCAGAACUUAAAUGCCCCCUAUAUGUGGCACUUUUUUCCAUGCUAAUUUGGCUGAGGUAGCAGUGUCUGCUCAAGUGAGACCUAGAACAAAAUUAGCUGGGGCAAAAUGGAUCAUAGCAGUAGAGGUCUAUGUCAAAGCAGAGCCCUGUGAGGAAGACAGAUCUUUUCAAAGAACACAUGGAACAUGAUUCUGAGAGUGGCUGUCCUCAGCCUCACUCACCUAGUACAGAGGAACAUCUGUUGUGGGGCCUCCUGCCUGCAUUCAGUCUACCCUUUCCUGCCUGCUUUCUCUCCCUCCAAGUGCCUCAGCCUCUUCAUGCUCACUCCCCUCCCCUCGCCUUCCCUUCCCUUCCCUUAGCUCAUCUUGGUCUGAAUGCCUUUGCACAAUCCAGACCAAACAUCACCAGCCACCUCCUGAUAGUCACCAGCGUGUGCUUUUCUGUGUUGCUUUUCCUCCACUCAUUAAGAACAUGACUUUGUCUUACCUCCCCCUAAGUCCCUCAACCACUCAGCUAUAUUUCGGCUAACCUUUGCCCUGGACACCCUCCCAGAUACUGUGCGGCACCAAGUGUAAUCCUGUCCAUCCUGUACUAUUCUGCCCUUUCCCAGCUGCCAAAAUAUCUUGCUCUCCUCUACCUCAUCCCCAAAGAGCCUAUAAAUUUAGAGUAUCCAACCUUUUCAUGGAUUCACUCUCUGUUCAGUAAUACUACUUCCAUAUUUUAAAUAAAUCAUAGAAGAUUUUUGCCUUCUAUCAUAAUAGAAGUGUUUAUAUUUAUACACAAUACAGAAAUUGAACUAUUUCUACCAUGCAGAAUUUAGCGUUUAGCAGGACUUUAAAGUGAUUGAAUUAAUAACAUUCUAACCUGGAUCUAUAUUAGGUAAUAAAUAGUGUUAGUCCAAGUUAAUUGAAUGUGAAUUUAAAAUUCUCUAGCAAUCCAGAUUGAUCUGUAACCCUUCAGUGGCACAGGAACUUUCUGGCAUACAAAUGGGUGGUGUUUCAGGCAUUUUUCUUGUUGGUGGUGUUUGGGCUUUGAAACACAUUUCCAAUAGGACAUGUGAUAAGUGGUUUUUAGGUGGUCCCAUUGGAUCACAAAAGCCCAUUUUAUUCAUAAUAUAGACAAAAUACCACAAAAUUGGGCAUGUAAUGUAAAGGCUUGAUCAAGCUUUCGUGGGUUAGUCUAAGUUUCUAACCCUCAUUCCUACCCUGUUCUCAUGGGGAAAAAAUGUACUAUGGGGUGAAUAGGGAAUGUGUUGAUAUUGUAAGUCUCCAUCCCCCUGGCUGCAUUUCAGGCAUAUUGGGACUGUAUUAUUCAGGAACAGGGAGUGCACAGAGGAGGAAGGAACAGUUCUCCCUCUCCAGCCAGGGUGCACUCCGUGUGGUACACAGGUGAAGACUCCCAGUUUUCUAACAUGGGGCAUGUUUAUAGAUGCUUUUCUCACCUGAUGAUGAAACACCAUGUUUGGAAGUAUAGAUUAUUAUGAGCUACUGUGGUAUCUGGAUGCUUUCCAUUCCCCAUUCAUGAAUAGCGCAAGCUGACAGCGGAGUCCGGGAAAUGCCUUUAAGGGCCUAGGAGGGAACUGAUGCCGCAUUAAGAAAUGAGACUUACUAAUGAAGACUGAAGGGAUGGUUUUUAUUAAAUCCUAUGUCAUGAACUCUUUGUUCUAGCUUUAAAUUUUAAUUAUGCACCACCAUGAAGUUCAGAAUUGAAAAAGAAAAAAAAUGUGGUGGGAGUGCAUAGCUGAUUCUUUUCAAUGCUUGUGGGUAUCUUUGGAAUAAUGAAAUGCUUACUUUAAAAAUAGCCUUUUGAACAAACACCCCAUUUUACAACCCCCAGGACAACAUCAAACCCCCAGGACAACAUCAAACAUUAGUAAGUCUAAGUAUGAUAAAUAUAAUUUUUGGUAUAUACAUUUUGCUAAAGCAGUCUAUUUUCUUGCACCCCUCAAUUUAACCUCUUAAAAAUGAAUGUAUAAUUUCUACAGAGAGAAUAUCAAAGGGAGAGAGAGAGUCUCUGGUCUUUAAUUCUAAAAUAUUGUUUGUGAAUCCUGAUUAACUAGUGUAUGUAUUAAGACACCAAAUGAAAAAUUAUUCAUCUCUAAAUCAGUCUACAAAUUUUCAACUGAUUCCCAGAUUUGAUAAGGAAGGAUCAAAAGGUAGGAUAAAGGCAAUGUAUCAGUUUGGUAGCCAAGAUGUUUCUUUGUAUAAUGUUGAAAGAUUUCACUGGUUCUGUAAACUAUAAGGUAAGAAUUAAAUGGUACCUUGUUCAUCAAGGGAGGUGAUCCAAAUUCUGUAUCUAGUGCAAAUAUUUCCUUUAUAUUCAUGUAUCUUCUCUAGAAAGAAAACACGAUUUUUUCCCUUCCUCUUUCUCUUCACAUAUACUCUUUACAGAAAACAAACCACAAGCCAGUUUGGCAUCUUCUCCAUGCUAGUAGAAUGGGCACAUCCACAUGAACAGUCUGAGCAAGGUAGAAAGAACCCCGUCAGGUCAGCCUGGAACAUGACCUUGCCUUUUGUAUUAGCUCCUUCAAACCUGAGAAUAACUUUCCUGGUCAUGGAAGAACUGGAUGUAUCCUUUAGCUUAUGAAAUAGGAUUUGAACUUGAAAUCUUUUUUUUUAAAUCCUGGUUUUGCAGGGCAGCUACAUAAUGAAUGUAUAUAUUAAGACUCUGUAGCUGAAUUGCACAUGAGAUCAGAUUGCCAACUUCUUGACUUUCAAAUUUAGACAUCAUUUUAUCCUUAAGUUGUGAGCAAUAUAUGUAGCAUGCUGUGAAACGUCUAUUAUAGUUCUUUAAUUCAUCAGUAUUAAUACAGAAUUAUCUUUUGCGUUCCUUGGUACUUUUUAUUCAGUGUAAUCAGAAGCUGUGAUGUUUUGCCUUUGUAGUCCUGUGCUUUGUUACUGUAAUUUUUCUUUACGAAGCACAUGACUUUGGACUAAUGUGAGGCAGAUGAUGUGAUCUUUAAGACUGCUAUAUGUAUCAGUCUCUUACUAUAUAAGGUUUCAAUUAGAAUAAGCUUUUAUCAAAUAGAUCGUUGAUGCAAUUUAGGAUUCACACAAUUUCAGUGUCAAAUGGCGGUCUUAUAUUUACAGUUUUCAAUUCUGAAAAUAGCAGACUUGAUAAACAGCCACUUUAAACUUGUUCUGGCAAACCAGACCCUACUGUAGAUGUAGUCUAAGGUAGUUAACCAUGUAAGCCUUUCACCUGUUAGGCCCUCCACGUGAGUCAGCAGUUACGGAGAUUAUAGAACCCACGAAAGCUUUUGUAUGUGUAACUAGGUUUUAUUUUUCUUACGUUGCUCAUUUUACAAAUUGACUAAAGCUGACCUGAACGGAACAGUUUAUGUGUAAUAUUCUAGUGCUUAAAGGACUUUUUUUUUUUUUUGGAGGGAUGGGUAAUAUUAUUUGAACAGAUGCAGAAGGAACUGUUAGUGAGUCAAGACAAACACAUUUGAAAUAAAGGAACUGUAUUAACAUGUUAACAACAAUUCAUAACUGCACUUUUUAUGACAUUUUGAAAAUCUAUUUAUAGGUACAGAACAAUGGGUUUUGUUAAACUGUAUCACAUUUAUACUUGCAGAAAUUUAUUUCAUUGUUAUUAGUAGGAAUUUUAUUGGUUCAAUAAAAUUGGCAAAACUGAA